AUGGCUGUUUCUCAACUUAUUUCCCAUUUCACCCCUAUUAUUUUGCUAUAUUUACUCUUACACUCCACCUUCAUCUCCGCCGUUAACAUUACCCAUCUCUUAUCCCCUUACCCAGAUCUCUCCGACUUCUCCGACCUCCUGUCCUCCACCACCGUCGCCGCCGAUCUAACCCAACGUACAUCUCUCACUCUCCUCGCCGUUCCCAAUUCCUUCCUCCGAUCUUCCGACCUCAUCCGUCGUUCCCCCUCCUCCACCAACAUCGCGGACGUCAUCCGCUACCAUGUCCUCCUACAAUACCUCUCUCUCCACGACCUCAGCCGCUUUCCUCCCUCCGGAAAACUCAUCACUACUCUCUUCCAAACCACCGGCCGUGCCAGCAACAACUUCGGCUCGGUUAAUAUUACCUACGAUGAUAAAACCGAUACAACCACCGUCCGAUCCCCAGCCGCGUACUCACAAGCACCUAAUAACGCCACCGUUAUUUCCCUAAUUAAGAACCUACCGUACAACGUUAGCAUCUUCUCCGUCAAUUCACUAAUCGUACCUUACGGAUUCGAUCUACUUGCAUCGGAGAGUCGACCGCCAUUAGGGCUUAAUAUCAGUAAAGCGUUAAUUGAUGGUCACAACUUCAAUGUGGCGGCGUCAAUGCUUGCUGCAUCUGGUGUCGUUCAGGAAUUCGAAUCUGAUGAAGGUGGUGCGGGAAUUACACUGUUCGUCCCGACCGACGACGCAUUCUCCAAUCUACCAGCGUCGGCGAACUUUCAAUCGUUACCGGCGGAUAAGAAGGCCGACGUAUUAAGGUUUCAUGUGCUACAUUCUUACUAUCCCCUCGGGUCGCUUCAAUCGAUAGUGAAUCCUGUUCAACCAACCCUAGCCACCGAGGACAAAGGCGCCGGGAGCUUCACAUUGAACAUUUCUCGGGUUAACGGGGUUUUGUUACCAAAGGAGAUUUUCGGGAAAAAUGCCGUGCUGGAAAAAUCCCCUCCCAUUAGCGGCGCUCCGGCACCAGUCAUGCCCAUAAAUUUUUCACCGGAAUUGUUCGGGCCAUCAUCGCCACCGGGGGAAAUGCACUCUUCGGCGACGGUACGGAUUGUCAAUUUGGCUGUUUUAUGUAUAGGAUUGUUGUAUGUAUUUGUAUGA